GUUUAAAGUUAGAUGAUAGGCACGCGAGCUUCACGAUGCCGCCGCAACGGCCAAGGCCAAGGCCCGCCCGCCACCGAUAUGAACGAAACGGAGCCGGCGUUCGGGGUCGUGCUUGUACAGAAGCAUGAAUGUACCGCACCCUCAGGCAAAGCUGCGGUAACGGCACGAUCCUCGGGGCGUUGGCUAGCAGUUUUGGCAUCAUAGUCUUGAUCCGAUAGCUGCUGGUGAGAGACCCAUAGCCGCGGAUUGGCGUUGUCAAAGCCGUGCUCUGUACCAGUACCAAUGCUCUGGCUCAUGCCUGCCUGGGUACCUAGUAUAGUGGCAAGAGUCAGUCCGCAGUAGUAUCCAUUGCCUCUCAAAAGUAACCUUGGAAAACAAUUUGCACGGAAAAAAACCUCUCUUCCCACCCCUUGACGUGGGGCCUCUAGCCGCGAGCGUUUGCUAGGGGCUCGUAAGGCCUGGGCUGAUGGAUGCCAGCUGUCGUCACCUACGUCAUACCCUCUUUUUUUUUUUCGCUCCCCUAGAUGGCGCCUGGCACACAGGCCGCUAUGUACCAGGGGCGUUUCUGGGGGUUUUGAUGACAUGGGGGGCAUUUCUGGCAGCAAAAGCGCCUCUUUGGCAGGGUCGCCAGACUUUUGCAAUCGUUGAUCCGCCCAGCUCUCUCGCGCCCCCGUUGAGACGCCUCGCAGUCUGCUUUUUCCUGCGCCGUGCAGCGUCUGCAGGCCCAGACCUGUGCUCUUGCUGCCCCCCGAGAGCCUCUGAUUCUAGCGCUGCUGGAGCCGGCAGCCGCGCCGCAGCGUCUAUCCCGUCCAGCUGGCCCCUCGUUUUGCCCACCCCCCCUGCUCUCACUCACUCGCUGUACCGUACUGUACUUACGCACUGCUCUGACGUGUGAGGAGGCCCUACGGCCUACAGGGAGGCACAACCACCACUGUCCUUUUCCCGCACUCAACCUCAACUCCACACAACCACCGUUUUGUCCAGCGUAGCGAGGCACAAAGGGCGAUACUGAAGGAGGAGACU